GGAGCGAGCGGCGGGGCGGGCGGCGAUGGAGGCGGCCGCGGGACAGGCGGAGGAGGCCGGGCUGGCCUCCUUCCUCGACAAACCCCAAACCCAGCGCUACGCCGGGGGCUUCAACCCGGAGAGCUGGGAGCAGGAAUUUGACAAGAUCCCCAUGUUUAUGAAGAAAUCCCCUGCUGAAAUUGAUCCUGAACAGAAUCCUGAUUUGGCAUGCCUUCAGUCAAUCAUUUUUGAUGAGGAUCGAUCUCCUGAAGAGCAAGCAAACACCUAUAAGAAUGAGGGGAAUGAAUACUUCAAGGAAAAGAACUACAAGAAAGCUGUAAUCUCAUAUUCUGAAGGGUUAAAAAAGAAAUGCAGUGACCAAGAUUUGAAUGCUGUGCUUUAUACUAACCGAGCUGCAGCACAGUUUUAUCUGGGCAACUACCGUUCUGCUCUCAGUGAUGUGAUCGCUGCAAGAAAGCUAAAACCCAACCAUCUCAAAGCAAUAAUAAGAGGAGCUUUGUGUCAUUUGGAGUUAAAGAAUUUCCCUGAAGCAAUGGCAUGGUGUGAGGAGGGUCUGAGGAUCGAUUCGACGGAGAAGAAACUUGUGGAAACGAGAGCCAAAGCUGACAAAUUAAAGCGAGCUGAACAGCGGGAUAUAAGGAAAGCAAAACUGAAGGAGAAGAAGGAACAGUCUCAAAAGGAGAUCUUACUCACUGCUAUAAAGGAAAGGAAUAUCAAGCUGUUUCUAGAAGCCUCUACGGAGGAAGAUGAAAUAUCAGAUGAUCUCGCUGAGAUGUCCUUAAAUGGACUGAAUUCUGACAGUGCCACGGGCACAAAGGUCUACUUAGAUGAUAAUGGCAAUCUAAACUGGCCUGUGCUCUUCCUGUAUCCUGAAUAUGGGCAAACAGAUUUCAUCUCAGCUUUUCACGAGGACUCCAGAUUUAUUGAUCAUAUACUGGUGAUGUUUGCUGAGUUACCUCCUUGGGAUUCGGAAAGAAAAUAUCAUCCCAGCAAUCUAGAGCUUUAUUUUGAAGAUGAAGCAAGAGAAGAAAUGUACCAGCUGAACACAGAAAACACACUGCUACAAGUGCUGCAGCACCAAAGGUACUUUGUAAAGGCUGGGACUCCUACUUUUUUGGUUUUAGUAAAGCAUUCUCCUUUCUCUAAGAAUUACUUUUUUGGCAAGAAGGUGCAUCGACUAAAAUGAGCAAGUGCAAAAAGGGACGAGAGAAACCCUUGCGGUGGGCUGUAUUGUUCAUAUCAACAGAUAGGAACAAUCAGUCUUCCGCCUGUAUAGUUGAAUAAUUUUUUCUACUUCAAUCAAAUAAACAUAACCACUAUUGGA